AAUCACAGAGGCGGGAUCACACUUUUGCUGCAGCGAGCGCGUCAAGACUUGUCCCAGGCAAGCGCCGAAUCACGGUUCUUUGCCCUCGAUCACGGUUUCAACCAGGCAGAAUCACACUUUUCGUGGAGCGGAUCACAGGUUUUGAUCACGGUUUUUCGGUGGGCAGGAGAAGUCUUCUCCUUGGAGAUUUCUCGGACGACGGGGCGGGCAGGUCGAACAGUAAGUGGGUCUUCUGGUCCUGCGCUGCGCUGCUGAUGCUGAUGCUGAUUUUGACGGCAUGGCAGAACCUGCUGUGAGAUCUCUGAUGGAGAUGGAGGAGAUCCUCCCCCCGCCCCGAGAGCUGUGGACAGUGGCUUCCACCUCCUGCAUCAAUCAUCAAUCACAGGGACUCGCUGAGAUGAUGCAUAAUCUGAUGGAGAUCUCCCUCGCCCCAAGAGUUGUGGCUUCCCCCCUCUGCGUCAAUUCCAGGCCCAAGUCCAACAUCAUCAUUUGCCUCUGGACACAUGCAUUCCACAAACUCCUCGAGGCCUUUGAAGACGCGAAUCUGGUGAAAGGAGACACAAUCUCACAUUGUACUAGGACUAGUAGCAGACCGUCAUUAGACACACUAUUGUAGCUGGCAGGCAGAAAAUGAUCAUCAGGGUGGGGUUCAUUAAUCAA